UUUUUUUUUUUUAAAAAAAAAAAAAGAGCUUAAUUUCCUCCUUAAUUAUAAUUUUUGUGGUUUUCUCUGUACCCUCGGGCAUCCACCCAUUUAUAUCUAUUGCACUUUUCCCGCGUUAGGAAAGGUGCACUGUCAUCACGGCGCUACAAAAGAAAGUCGUUAAGUUAAUUGUCUUCCGGGGUCAUCAGAAGUCACCUCCCUGGCACUACAAUUUUAGCGUCGCGUGAUAAGUUGCCGUACUGUUUCGGAUACAGUUUGCCAUGAAAAGACAAGUGGAAAUCGAUCAAAUUCAUCCAAAAUUAUUCGCUACUAAGCGUACCAAAUGUGAAUCCACUCAAAAAGAUGUCCUCUCCACUAACAAAAAUGACCUGCCACGUAUUAGCAUGUUAUCCGUUGAAGAGGUUUUAAAAUCUCACGUAUUGUCUCUCGAUAUAGACAAUUGUGAAGCUGAAAAUGAUAAUGCUUUCAUUGUCGCUGAUCUUGGCGAGAUUUAUCGUCAGCAUCUUCGUUGGCAGACUCAUUUGCCUCGAAUUAAACCGUUUUAUGCAGUCAAGUGCAAUGCAGAUCCUAUGUUACUUAAACUAUUGAUAGCUUUAGGAACUGGAUUUGAUUGUGCUAGUAAAACCGAAAUUCAAACUUUACUUAACAUGGGAGUAGACCCGUCUAAUAUUAUUUAUGCCAAUCCAUGCAAACAAGGAUCCUUUAUACGAUUUGCCGCUGAGCAUGAUGUUAAAAUGAUGACGUUUGAUAAUGUUGAAGAACUUCACAAGAUCAAACGUUUCUUUCCUAAUGCUCAAUUAGUCAUUCGUAUUCUCACUGACGAUUCUAAAGCUGUUGUCAAGCUAAGUGCCAAAUUUGGUGCUUCUUUAGAUAACACCGGGUUUCUUUUACAAACUGCCCGCGAAUUAGGCUUAAGUGUCAUUGGCGUUAGUUUCCAUGUUGGUAGUGGUUGUUAUGAUGAAAAUGCGUAUGUUGACGCCAUUAAUAGGGCAAGAUUUGUCUUUGAUCAAGCAACAGAAUUAGGUUUCAAUUUUCAUUUACUUGAUGUUGGAGGCGGAUUUUCAUUUUCACGUAAAAACAACGAUGUUACUUUUGAAAAAAUUGCGUCUGUUCUUGGGCCUGCUAUUGACAAAUGUUUUCCUUCCGAUAACAUUCAUGUUAUUGCUGAGCCUGGACGGUAUUACGCAGCUCCAGCUUUUACCAUUGCUACACAUAUCAUUGCAAGAAGAAUAGUUCGUAGAGAUCUUGAUGAACAUAUUCCAAAUAUGGAUGUUAUUCAAGAUGAAACACUUGUGGCUGGUGACGAUCAUCCAUCAUUUAUGUAUUAUAUUAAUGAUGGUUUGUACGGCACUUUCAACUGUAUCCUUUUCGAUCAUCAAAUCGUUACUCCUAAAGUUUUAAUGAAGGAAGGAAAAUUUUUGUUUGGUGAAACUUUGGACGAACCUGAAUACAAUUGCUUCAUUUGGGGACCAACUUGCGAUUCUAUCGAUUGCAUCACCAAAAACGGAAGUCUUCCUGAAUUAUUACCUGGUGAUUGGUUAUAUUUUGAAGAAAUGGGAGCUUAUACAAUUUCAGCAUCCACAAAAUUCAAUGGGUUUAGGAAAAGCAAAAUCAUUUAUACCACCACUGACCCUCAUGUUCUUACCAUUCUCGAUGAUGCAUGACAUUUAUUAAUAAAAUGUAUACAUUCCUUAACAUUACUGGAGAUUUGGCUUAAUAUUAAAAGAUUUUUUUUUAAAAGAAAUUCGUUUUAAUUAUUGAGUUAAAACAUAUGGUACGUACAGCAUGUACAGUUACACUUUGGAACUACCAUGGUGAAAAUGGUAUGUUGAUUUAAUUCUAAAAUGAUGAAAAAAAACGAAAUACAAAGUGCAAAUUUGGAUUUGUUAAUCUUUUGGAAGUUUGCACCGUAUUUCAUUAUAUAAAUAAUGAAAUAAUGUUGAUUGGUCAACCUUAAAUAUUUGGUUUUAAAUUGGAAACAAAUAUUACAAGCGUUGCAGAUCAUUAUUUGCUAAUUCUGAUAAAAUUAUUAUACAAUUUUUUUCGGUAAAAAAGAUCAGAUUUUUGACAAUAUUUUUUUUAAAAAUUAAAAAAUUCUAAAUUUUAUUGGAAGUGUUUUUUU